AUGCUCAGAAAAUUCUGCGUCAUUCCCGUCAUACUUAGUCUCAAUGAUACCUAUACCAAACCUCCACCGGAAGUGGAUCAGAACUUAACUAUCUUCAUUGGGAUUUUGACCAUUUAUGAGAAAAUCGAGGUUAGGGAGUGUAUUCGCAAGGUGUAUACACACAAUAAUGACGCUCUGGCACGGUAUCUCGGAGUCAAGAAAUCUCCCGUGACGAUUAGGUUUAUCUUGGGACUGACUAAGGAUGAAAAUAAAGAUAAACUGGAGGAAGAAUCUAAACUGUACGGGGAUAUUGUUAUUUUGAAUAUUACAGAAAACAUGAACGAAGGGAAGACAUUUGAAUAUUUCAAAUGGUUUGCUAAGCAUAGGAAUGAUAUUUAUCUAGUCAAAACCGACGAUGACUCUUUCAUUCACCUUAUUCACUACUAUCGUGACCUUCAAGACUUACCGAGAAAACGUGCGUACUAUGGUGGUGUAUACGGUGGCAAUAAUCUAGAUGAUAGUAGUACAUACUCGUAUAUUGGAGGUGCGGGAUAUACACUCUCUCGCGACCUCGUUAUAGACAUUGUUGGUUCAGACUGGGUUAGUUUAAAUGUUAAGGGUACUGAGGAUAUGGUAGUGGGUGAUUGGAUAUGUCAUGUGGCCAAAGAAAAGAAGUACUUUGUGCACUAUGUCGGCUAUUCAGUAUGGUGGUCCAUCCGUCAAAAUCCAUUCCAUGACUUUUAUGAAGAUCUGGACCUCCACUCCCUUGGUGAGACCAUCUUGAUCCAUCAAAUAAAAAGCAUUGAGAAAUGGAAUGCCAUGAAGGAUGUGUACACCAAAUAUGAAGAUGGAUUGCCAACACUCAGUAUAAUUCAGAAUUCAACGGCCAAUGACCUGGUUACAAAGAGGGAGAUUAUUCCAAAAUGCUGGGAAAAAGAACAG